GAAGUAUAAAGCCCGUUCAAAUGCCAUGAUCUUGUACAUAGAGAAGGCAAGGGAGUUGCUUGGACGAUUGAAGUCCUACAAGGGACUUGGCUUCUUGACCUUUUCAGCUGUGCUUCCUUCUUUCAGCUCUACUGACUGCCAAAGUGCUAACAAUAUCCUGUCAUGUUCACGUGAUCAACUCCAAAUUUUCUUCUUCUUCUUCUCACUUUAUCUAGUAGCAGUAGCUCAAGGAGGGCACAAACCUUGCGUUCAGGCUUUUGGAGCUGAUCAGUUUGAUGGGCAAGAUCCAGAAGAGUGUAAAUCCAGAAACUCAUUCUUCAACUGGUGGUAUUUUGGUCUGUGUGGAGGAGCCACAAUAGCAAUCUUGAUUUUGAGCUACAUUCAAGACAACCUUAGUUGGGGUCUUGGGUUUGGAAUCCCCUGCAUUGUCAUGGGCCUUGCACUGGUUAUAUUCUUGCUUGGAAGUAUAACUUAUCGGUUUAGCAUCAAAGGGGAUGAGAAAAGCCCGUUUAUCAGAAUUGGUCAGGUUAUAACUUAUCGGUUUAGCAUCAAAGGGGAUGAGAAAAGCCCGUUUAUCAGAAUUGGUCGGGUGUUCGUCAAAGCAGCUAGGAAUAGGCGAACUACCUCUUCAGCAAUAUCUAUUGUGGAGGAAGCCAAGGGAACCCUGCCUCACCAAGGUUCUCAACAAUUCAAGUUUCUCAACAAAGCCUUGGUUGCAGUUGAUGGUUCAAAAGAAGACGAGAAGCUAUGUAGCAUCAGAGAAGUAGAAGAAGCAAAGGCAAUUCUCAGGUUGUUUCCAAUAUGGGUUACAUGUUUGGCAUAUGGCACUGUCUAUGCACAGUCAUCAACUUUAUUUACCAAGCAAGGAUUAACCAUGGACAGAUCCAUUGGUUCAGGUUUUGAUAUACCAGCUGCUUCACUACAAUCUUUUAUUGGCAUUUCCAUUGUUACCUUUGUUCCCAUCUAUGACCGCAUUUUGGUUCCCAUUGCAAGAGCUAUGAGUAGAAAACCCUCUGGCAUAACAAUGCUUCAAAGAAUUGGAACUGGAUUGGUUUUAUCUGUUCUUUCCAUGGUGAUGGCAGCUAUAGUUGAGAGGGAGCGCCUCAAAAUUGCUCUAGAAUACAGGCUGGUGGAUAUGCCAGAGGCGACAGUUCCCAUCAGCGUGUGGUGGUUGGUACCUCAAUAUUUAUUGUUUGGAAUUGCUGAUGUAUUCACCUUAGUUGGUCUGCAGGAGUUUUUUUAUGAUCAGGUGCCUAGUGAUUUGAGAAGUGUAGGUCUUGCUCUCUACCUCAGUAUCAUUGGCAUAGGUAGCUUCUUAAGCAGCUUUCUCAUCUAUGUCAUCGAAAAAGCAACGAGUGGAGAUGGUCAAUAUAGUUGGAUAUCAGAUAAUUUAAAUCGGGCACAUCUUGAUUACUUCUAUUGGCUACUCGCGGGACUUGGUGCAGUGGCUAUGGUAGCUUACUUGUAUUUCACAAAAUCUUAUGUUUACCUUUGA